AUGAACAUCAGGAAGUUUUUACUGGAAAACGAGGGGAAUUUGAAGGAUGUUGAAAUGGAAGAACUCGAAAAGGUUUUACCGGAAGUUUAUGAAGUUGAAGAGGAUUUGAUAAACGAGUUGGGGAAGAGGAGAAUUCUAGAUUUAUGUUUGCAUAUUUUGAAAAGUAAGACCUUCAUAUCAAAGUUUUAUUGUUUCCAAAAUCAAAUUUUUUUUAUUCAGGCGCUGAUUCAAGUCGAACUGGUCGCCGAUAUGCUCUCGCAUUUCUCAAAAUCUUCUUUCCUUAUAAUUUUCUUCAAGAUUUUCAUGUUCUCGUCGAAGCUCUCGAAGAACCACAAUUUCAUAUUAUUCAACCGGUUCUUCCUAGAAUGAUAUCUCUAAUCAAAACAGUUGAAGCUGAAGUGAUCGAAUUUAGUUUUGUGCAAAUUGUGAUCUUCCGUGGAAUUUGUCAUACAAAUGGAUGGAUUCGAACAUGGGCAAUUCGAACAGCUGUUAAUUUGGAUUCGAAAUUAUUAUCGAAAGAUAUCGAGUAUAUUCCAAAUGUUGUUUUGCAUAAUCUCAAUAAUAAUGAUAUUUUCUGGAGAUUUUUGGAAAAGUCUGAAAUGGAAUUGUUCACCGAAACAUUGUCUCAGAAAAUUGCGCAAGUUCAGGGAGAUCGAUACAAGUUUUUUGAAGCAUUUUUGACGAAAGUUGUUGAUGAAAUAUCUUGCCCAACUGCUUUAUAUUUCGCUUCGACAAUUUUAGAAGAAGUUCAAAGAUCUGAGAUUUUCGAUUUUGAUGAUAUUCAAUUAUUCAAACGGGUUAUUUGGAAAUCGAAAUAUAUUCCACACAAAUCAUUGAGAAUUAUAACAAUUCGACAAUUUAUCUUGUUUUUUGUCAAAGUUACAAAACUAUCCUCGAAGUUUCUUCACGAAAUUUCCCAAUUAAUCGCGCUGAUUUCAUGUGAAGCAAAAAAAGAGCUGAUUGAAGAUAUUUAUUCGGAAAUCACAAAAAUCGUCGAAGAAGAUGGAUUUCUAACCGGUGAAGAUGAAGAUGAAAAAAGUUUCCUGGAAGAUUUAUGUUCAACGAAUCAUAAAUUGGAGGCGGUGAAAUUGUGGUGGAUUUCGAUGAGAAAUGAUAUUCCGAAACAAGAAAAAAUGGUUGCUCGACUUCAAUUGAUUUUAGCUGAUCAAUUGGAGGAUAUCCCACAAAAUAUUGAGAAUGUAUUGUUUUGUUUAUACAAUUAUCCACCAACAGUUAUAGUCAGUAAGUUACUUUUCUGAAAAAAUUCAUUUUAAUUUGCCGCCUGAAAAUACCAACAAAAAACCAAAAAAUCGUAUUUUCAGGUUCCCUGGAACGUCUGAAAAAUCUAAUUGGAGCAUACAUUGUGAAACGUGCAAUAGGUCCAAUUUCCACUGAUUUCGAAUGCUACGAAAAAUGUUUCAAUUUAUUCUUCCUGGAAUAUAAUUGUUAUUUAUUGGAUCAUGUUAUUAUGAUGAUGUUCGAAGUAUUGAAAAAUGAACCGAUUUUGGAAUCACAUGUUAUGGUUUUGGCAUUUUUGGAUGAAAUUUUGGAAUAUGUCAAGAAUAAAGAGAGUUCGACACCACAAGUUAUUGAAUAUUUGAAUUUGGAAGUUGAAUUAUUGGGCCUAAAAAGACAGAACAGGUGAGUUGAAAAUGAUGUUAGAGGAAAAACCGUCUUUAAAUUUUAAUUUUUUCAGAUCAAAUAAUGAUAUGAGUAUGAAAGAAUUCAAUCAUUUGGUUGCAAAACUUCAUUCUACAAAACUGAAACUUUUCCUGAGAUAUUACGAAGUUGAAAAUGUCGACAAAAAUAUUGUUGGAUUGUAUUGA